GCCGAGUCCGCGUGGUCGAACGGCGAAUCCAAGGACCAAUGCAUUUUAAAAGCUGUUGCUCUCAUCGACGAAGUAAAAGCACAGGCUGCCAUGGACGGAGUGGAUGUGCGGCUGGAUUAUAUAGAGAUGAAUGAUUCAGAGACGUUCGACGUUUUGGACGCGACUUCGAACCAUCAGUUGACAGGAGAUAUACCUGUGAUUCUGAGCGGUGCGUUAUGGGUUGGGAAGACCAGGUUGAUCGACAAUAUCGUAGUUGGUGAACUCAAACGCAUAAUUAGAUAGCUUGCAAAUAGAUGUGGAUAUGGAAAGAAAGUUAUUAAAUACUGAAGCGCAUUCAGAGUCGGACUACUGUUCAAUGCAUUAGAAAUUGGAGAGCUACAUCUUCUUCACCUCCAACUACCAUCAACCACCGUGACGAUGGCGCAUUCAAGAGUAAUGCUAACGAAUGGCACUUUGCCAUCCACCCAACUCAACCGAUUUUGUGCAGCACACCCUUUCACUCAGCAGCUUGACAUCUUGUUCCCUGCUUCUGAUGAGCUCGAGAAGGCGCUUACAUCCCUAAAGCCCACGUACUGCAAAAGACGUUGUACGCUAUCAGAGUUGUUUGAUUUUGCGUCCAAAAGUCCGGGCGGGAAUAUAACUGCAUCGCCAUCCACUUCCGAAUGUGUUGAUACGUGGUGCAUCGAACCUAGAGGCGUCCUCACCCUCUGCGUCUCAAAGUCACUGUAUGAGCAACUCGGUUUGAUCGGGAAGAGAUUACCCUUCAAAGGGUGCCCAGAGCAGUACGUGAUACGCAUACCGGUUAGGCAAGAGACCGAAUCUGUCGCUGUACGUGCGAAGCAAAAGGCAGCUCUGAAAUUUUGGGACGAGCUCAGGGAAAACGGACCUGGGAAAUGGGAAGUUUUUUAUUCUCAAGUAGACGUGCAGCCUGGAACCUCCGAGUUGCACGAGACGGUGACCGUUCGGCCUCAAAUUUGUCGUUCCACCGACAUACUUGUCCCAAUCCCAGCACUUGCUCCUUUUCCCGAGGAAAGCAUGGAGGAUUGGGAUGAACAUAUCGGUGAACUUUUUGAAUGGGUGGGCAUGGCUUGCUUAGGAGCUCAAAGACUCAAGGCAAAUGACCGCGUCAACCCUUACGUCGCUGUCUACGAAGCUCCCUCACCUUCAUAUAUUGGUGACGUGACACGGAUAACAUGGGCGGCUUUCUUGGACCAAUGGUUCAUAAAAGACGCUCUAGACACGGUGAUAUCAUAUCUGGCAUCUGCAACCGAUAGCCACGCGUUUGUUACAAUGAUGAGACAUGGUUGUCGCACAUCACCCGUUGGCGCCAUCUCUCCUGAUACUUUCGAUACGGCCCGAGAUCCACCUCUUCGAGUACCAGAAACCGAUGCGGAAGACACCAGCUGUUUCAUCCUUGGCCCGGGUCAAAAUGGGAACUUUUUGCUUGCAGAGAGUAUCGGACAAUGGGAUGCGAGAUGGGGCUGAUUUCAUUUUACACUGUAGGUAGUCAAAUUCAUACAAACGUUCCGAUCGCAAACUGCGCAAUGCAAGAGACAAACAAUGUCGAAAGCGGAUGAAUUCAGAUCACUAAGUCUAAUCCAUACUUCCGCUACACAACGUCUAUAAAAGCACAGUAUAGUACAGCAAA